UACAUUGAUCAAAGGUUACUGGGGUUUAAAGCUUAGUGUGCUGGGAAGCAACUUAGAUUCAGAAGAGCAGCAAGAAACAAUGGCACCCCGUAGAAAGAGGCAAAAGCUGAAUGUGGUGUGUGAGAGCAGUGCUGGGCAACAGGAAAUAUUAAAUGAUAUAAAAACAGUGGGGCAGGCUUUCGUAGGGUUACCAGAUGAAGCAGCUGUGUUAAAAGAAGAUCUCUUGCGUUUAAGACGUCAAACAUAUGUUAUCCAUAAAGAGGACGAUCAUGAUUUAAACUGGAGGGUAACUUAUAAUGCUCAAGAUGGGGAUUCCCAUGAUAACGCUGAGAAGGACAGACGACUUACAUAUGUCAUUGAUCCAAAAGAAGGUAUUACUGUACAGUCUGAGGGUCUUGCCAGCAACCCAGGAAUUGAAAUGAGCGUUUCAGAGCAGGAAAUCAAUGGCAUUGAGAUUCAGACACCUGAAAAUGUGGCACAGGGUGACAAUCUUCCUAAGCGUCACAGGAAAAAGAAAACUGCUACUAGGAAAACGCUGAAAAAAGUUUCAGAAAACAUAGAGAAUAACGUAAAUGUAAAGGAAAGCAAGGUUUCUUGUGAAGAUAAACCUGUAGACCAGCAUCUAAAUGAGAAAAAUGAAAAUGAUAUACAGAAACCUGAAGUGGGCCUACCAGAUUCAAAUAAAGUCAGUUCUACUGAGGAACAAGCUUCAACAAAGCGGAGAAAAGCUACUAGGAAACGUGGUCCGAAAAAAGAGGCUUAUGAAGAAAAUGCAAUGGAAACCCCUACUCCUGAACUUUGCAACAAACCCUCCAAGAGAGGGAGAAAAAAAAAGACUUGAUUAAAAUAAAUAAAUAAAGCAAGUAUUUGUAAAUAUGGGAGAUUAUAGGCUGAAUUCAGUUACAUGAGAAUAAUCUUGCUCCACUUCUAGACUGUUUUUUAAAGGCUCCAUGCACCAAAGUGUAACACUAGUUGCUCCAUUUUCCAGGAAAAAAUUCCCAUGCAGAUCAAAUGAGCAAUUAUAACUUUUUAUGUGAAAUAAUUGAGCUAUAUUAAUGAUAAUAAAGUUAUUGCAAUAAA